AUGCCUGGCUGCCGCAAAUAUGGACGUCAAAAUGACACUUUUGUAGAGCGAAAGAGUUGGAGUCACUGCGACGUAAUCCUUUUCCGUGUCGCUGCGGCUGCUGCGGCUGCCUGCAGGUCGCGCGCGUCGCGGUGGUGCCUGCUGUUCUCGCUGCGCCUGUGCGAGUGGUCCGCGCUGGUGCCGCCGCCGCCCGUGCGCCGCCUGCCCGCCCUCCGCUACGUCCUGUUCCUCACCUGGUGGUGCACGUCCGUGUCCGUCACGCUGGGCAACCAGUACCUGCUGCUCAAGAACGCCAGGGAGUACAUCAAGGGCUUCAGCACCAUCUCCACGGUGUCGUUCAUCAGCUCGACCAUCAUGACGGCCAUCCAGCCCGUGGUGGUGCUCAUCAACAGCGCCGUCAACUUCCGCCGCCUCUCGCCGCACGUGGCCGGGCUGUUCAUGCCGCCCCUGCGCUUCAACGGCUGGUUCGUCGUGGCCUGCAGCACCAUGGCCGUCGGGCUCGUCGCCAAGCACGUCAGUCGGACAUUGUGGCAGCCUUGCAGCUUAUGGCCGUGAUUCUAACGCGUUAUUGCAAUGUGUGAUUUCUUUCCUCGAAGGCUCUCAUAUGGCAUGCGCAAAGGAAAGGGAACCUGGCCAACUUUCUCGAGUUUCUGGCCUCGUUCAUCACGCUGAGCUUCGACUCGCUCGUGUUCCUCCUGUGCAACUGCGCCCAGGACAAGCUCUACGUUAGUGCAGAACACGGUGGUGCAGAAGCGUGCGGAGUGCUGUAGUGGAUUAAGCUGUGUCCGCUGCCCAAGCCGAGGUUCCUCUUGAUCAACCUCUCCCCUACAGGAGGUCAACACACGCCUGGGGGACGUCGACAAGGUCGUCCCGGAGCUGCGGCCGCUGGUCCUGGAGUCGGC